AUGGCUAGUUCGAUUGGGUCCUUAUUAUUUCUGACACUUUGUGUUGUCCUCGUAGCUUUAGUUCAUGCACAGCAACAAAUAGGCUUCAUAAGCAUUGAUUGCGGUGGUCCACCCAAUCUUGAGUACACAGAUCCUGUAACUAAAAUAAAGUACACCACUGAUGGAGCCUAUAUACAAAGUGGGGUUAAUAAGAACAUCUCCUCCGAGUAUGCGUACCCAAAGAAUCCUAAUCUGCCAGAAAUACUCUCAGAUCUCAGAAGUUUUCCCUACGGAGAAAGGAACUGUUACAGUUUAUCUGCUGUAAGAAGACGCGGUUUAUAUUUGAUAAGGGCUUCCUUCUUGUAUGGAAACUAUGAUGGAGAAAACAAGCCUCCAGAGUUUGAUCUCUACGAUGAUGUCAAUUUCUGGGCAACAGUGAAAUUUAGAAAUGCCUCGGAGGAAGUUACAAUUGAAAUAAUCAGUUUGGCCCAAUCAGAUGUGAGCCAUGUGUGCCUUGUGAACAAGGGAACAGGAACUCCUUUUAUCUCAGGAUUGGAGAUUAGACCACUUAAUAGUUCUAUUUAUAACACUGAGUUUGGGGAAUCUGCUUCACUGGCACUUUUCAAACGAUGGGACAUUGGGUCACUUAAUGGAAGUGGUAGAUAUGAGGAUGAUAUUUAUGACAGAAUUUGGUCCCCUUUAAAUUCUUCAUCCUGGGAUUCUGUCAGCACUUCCACGCCAAUAAAUGUCAAUGAUGAUGGCUUUAGACCACCAUUUGAAGUAAUUAGGACUGCUGCUAGACCAAGGAAUGGCAGUGAUACUUUGGAGCUUUCCUGGACCCCAGAUGAUCCAAAUUGGAAAUUUUAUGUCUACUUGUACUUUGCUGAAGUGGAGCAACUUGAGAAAACCCAGCUGAGGAAAUUCAAUAUAUCUUGGAAUGGAUCUCCAUUGUUUGAUUCCAUAGUACCACGCCACUUGUUUGCAACCACUCUUUCUAAUUCAAAAUCCUUGGUGGCAAAUGAACAUCGUAUUUCCAUACGUAAAACAGAAGAUUCAACCCUUCCACCCAUUCUUAAUGCAGUUGAGAUUUAUGUAGUGAGACAGCUUGAUGCACUAGCAACAUUUGCACAAGAUGUUGAUGCUAUGUUCGAUUUAAAGGAUAGCUACAGAAUUCAAAGAAAUUGGGUGGGUGAUCCAUGUGAGCCAAAGAACCUCUCUUGGGAAGGCUUAAAAUGCAACUACAGCACUUCACUUCCUCCCCGAAUUAUAUCUCUGAAUAUGAGCUCCAGCAGUUUGAGUGGAACAAUAACUUCUUCCAUUUCCAAUCUCUCCUCGUUGGAAUCUUUGGACUUACACAACAAUAGCUUAACUGGAGCAAUGCCUCAGUUCUUGGAAGAAUUGAAAUCCCUUAAAUAUUUGGAUUUAAAGGAAAAUCUACUUUCGGGUUCAGUUCCUGUCUCUCUUUUAGAAAGACAAAGCGAUGGAUUACUUACAUUGAGGGUCGAUGAUCAAAAUCUUGGUGACUCAGGAGGGAACAAUAAAACCAUUAAAAUUGUUAUUCCCAUAGUGGUAUCAGUAUCAGUUUUGGUUGUAUUGGUUGCUUUCAUUCUCUUUUGGAAACUUGGAAGAAAGGAACGAUCAGACGAGGAGAUCAGUAUGCUCAACAAAGGUGGAAAAACUGUAACAACGAAGAACUGGCAAUACACGUAUUCAGAAGUCUUGGGCAUCACCAACAACUUUGAAAUGAUCAUUGGUAAGGGAGGAUUUGGAAAUGUGUAUCGUGGGAAUAUGAAAGAUGGCAAAGAAGUUGCAGUUAAGAUGCUUUCUCCGUCAUCAUCUCAGGGGCCGAAAGAAUUUCAGACUGAGGCUGAGCUUUUGAUGACAGUUCAUCACAAAAACUUGGUAUCCUUUGUUGGUUAUUGUGAUGAUGAUAACAAGAUGGCUCUUAUAUAUGAGUACAUGGACAAUGGCAGCCUGAAAGAUUUUCUCUUCCUCUCAGAUGGAAAUUCACAUUGCUUGAGUUGGGAAAGGAGAAUACAGAUUGCAAUCGAUGCUGCUGAGGGAUUGGAUUACCUACACCAUGGUUGCAAGCCACCAAUAAUACACAGGGAUGUAAAGUCAGCAAACAUUCUUUUAAGUCAAGACUUAGAAGCUAGGAUAGCAGAUUUUGGCCUCUCCAGGGAGUUUAGGAAAGAUAACCAAAAACAAGAAUCCAAAGUGAUUCAUAAUGUUGCUACAAAUGACAAAUCUGCAGUAAUGGGGACAACAGGGUACCUUGACCCAGAGUACUACAAAUUAGGGACCCUGAAUGAGAAAAGUGACAUCUAUAGCUUUGGAGUUGUUCUGCUUGAAUUAAUCACAGGUCGCCCUGCAAUAUUCAAAGGCACCAGAGUAAUGCACAUACUUGAGUGGAUAAGACCUGAGCUUGAAAGAGGAGAAUUGAGUAGAAUUUUGGAUCCAAGGCUCCAAGGAAAAUUUGGUGCAAGUUCUGGGUGGAGAGCUGUAGGAAUAGCAAUGGCAUGCUCUGCAUCAACUUCCAUUCAGAGACCUACAAUGAGUGUUGUCAUAGCAGAGUUAAAACAGUGUCUAGCAUUGGAAUCUCCCUGUGACACUGAAACAUUUGUGCCCCCUCCAAAACAAGUCUACACAGAAUUCUACAGUUCAUCUGAAACAUAUUCUUAUGAUAGUGAAUCUACCACCUAUCCUUUCCCAAGAUAG